AUUCAAAAACAUUUGAUUCGGAGACACUCGACGCUUGGCUUCGAUUGGAAGUAGUUUUAUGGCCAAACAAAUAUAAAGCGUGACUAUAUCACACGUUUUAUUAAUUAUUUAACACGAUACCCUUGUUCUGUAAUAUGAGUAUGUGGUUGUUGCCAUGACGCACAGCAACAGGCCAAACAUUUCUCACCGUUUACAUGAGUCUUGUUAUCAUUUGCUGCAAUGACACUUCAAACAGUCAUGCGCCGAAACCGACAUUCAGCUGAGCAAAGACUUGCAGACAUCGACUACACACAGCUGACACAACUAACCCAGCUAAAUGAAAGUAUCAGUUCUUCUGAAGAGGCCCAUAAAAAAUUCAUGAAACUUUAUCAAGGAAUAUUCCUGCGCCCUCAGACAUCUUUACCCAGAAUACAGCCCAAAAGUAAGAUCCAACCUCCAGUGAAGCUGAGACUAUACGAGUCCAUCCAGGAGGUCAGCAGACAUCAGCCACAUGGAAAACUGGCUCAGGAUUCAUUCAUGAAUCAUGUGAUUAAAGCCCUUAAGAAAUUCCCUAUUGAGAGAUCCCAGUCAGAGCAUCAUGUCAUUUAUAAACUGCUGAAGGGAGUCCACAGUCUGACCUCUCAGCUGGGCUCGCAGGAGCUGAAACAGAUUAGUACCAUCACCAGCGUCGAGACCUGGGACCGAGGACAGAUCAUUUUUGGACAUAAUGGGUUUUACCUCGUUCUGAAGGGCUCAGUGAAACCCUUCAGCCACGAAACCAUUAAAGAGGAUCAGGCAGCCUCUACGAUUGCAGCCGGAGGAUCUUUUGGAUCCUGUGAACUUGUAAAUGCUGUAGAUGGAGAUGCCAACAGCAUCCAGUGUGUCCUGACACUCGAGACCUGCGAGAUUCUCAAAAUAUCUCGCUCUGGCUACGAGAAAGUAAAAAAGGAUAUACUGGCACAGGACCAUCAAGUUAAAGUGUCUUUGAUCCAGGGUUGCCAGCUGUACCUUCACUGGCCAAAGCUCUCCAUCAACCACCUGGUCGACAGCAUUCAGCUAAAAACAUUCCCUGCUAAUCAAGUGCUGGUGAAGGAGGGAAAGAUCUGUCCAUUUGUGGCCUUCAUUGGACGUGGAGAAUGUAACAUCCUUCAGGGCGUGGCAUCGUUGAUAAAACCCGUUGACAAAAAGGGCUGCAGGAUCAGAUUCGUGUUAGUUGGUAAACUAGGUCCAAAGCAGUCAUUUGGAGAGGUCAGCAUCCUAUUGAACCAGCCCUCCCCGUGUACUGUUAUCACUGCCACUGAAGUUCAUGGUGGAAUCAUUCAACCGGAAUGUCUUAAAGGACUGGACUCAGUGACCACCUCUCUUAUACUGCACACUGCACAACCAAUGUGUGGAAAGCUCAGUGAGGAGGAAGUCAUGAAGGAGUUCCUGACACAAGAGAGGAUGAAGAAAUGGGAACAUGAGAAGAGGAAGAUACUUUCCGAUGCUCUGUUUUACAAUGGUGUUCACCCAGGAAGAGGCAAAUGGACUUUUAACAGAGGACGAAGAGGAGUAACUGGGAAAUCCAAGAAGUCCAUAUGAACUUUAGCAGAUAAACAUACACACAAAUACAAACACAAUCAUAUUAUGGCUUGAAAAUACUACACUACUAGUUCUGCCAUCAGUGGCUGGUUGCAUAAACUGAAAAGUAAGACUGAUUAGCCCUAAUUAAUUGCUAGUUGGUCAGACUAGUUCUUAACUUAACUUAGCAGCUAUGUUUAUGCAACUGGCCUCGGGUGAGAGAAGGGUGAGAAUUUCUUUGCCCAAAAACUUAAAUAUAAAUAUUUGUGGACACAAAACCCUCCAUUUUUAUUUUAUUUUUAUUAUAACUCCAAAUAACAUGAUAUUUAGCCCCUGGAAUCCUAAUUUUACCAGGGGAACCCCGCCAAAAACACAGAUUUUACCCCCCAGAACAUGAUUUGGCUAGUUUUGAGUAUUGAGCGGGAUUUUGUUGUGAAAACCUAGCAACCCUGUUACAGGUCAACAAAGCAGGUUAUAAGCAAACUGCUUUUAUGCUUUAGACAUCUCAGAUGGUUUAUUGGUUAAUAUGAUGUUCAUAUACAAGCAUAAAUUCGUGCCUUGAAAUGAAUCAGGUGACACGCUACGCAUUUGUGUAGUUUUUUUUUUAAAGUUUAUGACAGUUAAAGCUGCAUGAAAACUGUCAUUCUCUCCACUCUCAUACUCUCCGUCAUUGCUGCGAAUAACAGUACUUUUACGGAUGCCUAGUCAACUAGUAAACAUGAAUAGUCAUGCAAGCCCAAAAUGAUGUACUUCUGAACAUAUCUGAUGCCUUCCUGAAGAAAACCAGGCUUCUGAGCACAUUCAGAGACCUGUCCAAAUUGUUAUCUUCUGUUUUUGCUGGAAGUUGUUUUUUGGAUCCUACAGCUGACACCCGCUCCAGAGACACAGAUACUGAGAAACAGUAUAAUCCUUCAACUUCUUCUUCUCAAAAGCAUUUAGAUUCUGACAAUAUGCAGGGAUUUUCUGCGUACAGCUGCCUUGCGGGAUUGAAAAUAUGGACACAUGAGGAUGCAAUUAAACCCACUUGGAUCGACAAAACGGGAUGAUCCACAGGUGCAUUUACUUAGCCCAGUCAAGGGUGAUUCAAACCUGUGGGUGGCCGCAAAGAUCCAGCCACAUCACUGACUUCUGCUGCCAUUUCUAUACCUUUCGUAUGAAGCACUGUGCUUUUCCUGUCAUAGCUUCUCAUGUCAGUGACAAAUUUGCAAAAAAGCUCGUCAUUUGCCAUUCAAACAAUUGCAGUUUACUCCAAGCAUGUGUGAAUGCAUGUAAUAUUAUGCUCUCAUGUCAGCCCUGAAGUCAUCUGGGUGAAUAUUUGGAGACAAGCUUUGAAAUCAUAAUGCAAGCAAGUGAAAAAGUAUUUCAAACAUCAACAUAUAUAGUAAAGAUUACAAAAUGAUCUUAAAUUAUUGUGUCGUAUCAACCAGACUGCCAUGUCUCGCAUGCAUGCUAUAAACUUUAUUUAGCGAUUUAGUUCUUAAGCUGAAUACUUUUUGCAACUGCCUUGUGUCAGCUCUUGUCUGACAGGCCUUAAAUUAAUAAAUCUGUAUGGAAACUCCAAGCCUAGAAUACUUUAAGUUUGUUUAGGUUCAAGGAACUUUAACUGCCCCCAUUGGGGAUGGCUAAUCUCAGUUUCCUGAAGGAAAACAGCUAUUCUAAUUCUUUUUAUAACCUUAAACUGUUAUUUAGUCUACGUCUGUCCUUAGAUGAUUGUCUCCGACCUUAGAAGACUGACCCUGCAGGGUUUCUGUGAUUUGGUGACUGAAUGUAAACUAAUGUUUGUGGUUGAUUGAUUGCUUUUGAUCAUCCUGACGGCUUAAUUUUAUUAAGUAACUCCAGACAAAACAAACACCAAAACAGGUCAUAUUAAACGUCUCAGCAGGAUGCUAGAUGUUUUGGGAUUUUGUUUUUUUUUUAAGAUUGUUUUCUAAGUCUUCUGUCAUGGUUUCGACUUGCUAAUGUAACAAUACUCUUGCAGGUGAACAUUCACAGCAAUAUUUUGGCAGCCGGAGCAUGCAUAUUUUUCCAUUUAGUGCAUUUGUUUGGAAAAGGUCACAUGACUACCACAGAGAACAGAUGUUAGAGAUGAUGUGAGGAAUGUUUGCAGACACGCUUCAAAUGACCUCUGAACUCUCCUUUGCACCUGCUACCAAGGUAUUUGCAUGGUACUCCAAGAUACUUCCAAGAAAACCUUGGAAGUACUUUGGAGCUUUUUAUAAGUAAAUGGUAUAUAUCCAAAACAAAAUCUGGUUGCAGUUUAUUUUACAGUCCUGUUCUGCAUGUACAUACUAUGUACUUAUAGUAAUUGCAAUAACUGGGUAAUAACUAGGUAACAACCUUGGACCUAAACCUAACCUUAUCCCAUGUAGUUACUUUAUAUUACCCUAUACUUUCUUAGGUAUGCACACUGUAAGUACACAUACUUUAAAAUAAAGUGCAACCCAAAAUCAAGGUAUUACAAUGCCACUAUGUUCAAAACUAUGAUGUUUACAUGGUACUCUUAGGUAUGUCAAAAGUUUUGUGGACAUUUUCAAUAGUAGUACAAUGUUAUUUUUGAAUGUCCUUGGGAUACCAUUUAAAGGUGCCCUAGAUUCAAAAUUUGAAUUUACCUUGGCAUAGUUGAAUAACAAGAGUUCAGUACAUGGAAAAGACAUACAUUGAGUUUCAA